CGGAUCGUAACAAGUGCAAUCAUGGAGUGAGCGAUCCCUGGUCCUGCUUGGACACAUCGCACGCCGAAAUGUGGUGACGGUGGCUGUUUCGACAACUGAACUUAACCCUGGGUUGAUAACAGCACUCACGAGGGUGGGCCGUUUCGUGCACAUUUUCUUUCCCUCGCACACUGGGGAUAGAACAUCUGCAGACAAACACGAGAGAAAAUCCACCUGCACCUGUCCCCCAUCCCUUUAUUGAUUUGUGAUUAGAAGUGUCUGUUAGCUCAAAUUCGAUUCUGCAGCAUAAACUGCGAACAUUGUUUCGAGUUGCCUAAAAGCCCACCCCUUUGAACUUUUUACACGAACACACCUUCAAAUAGAUCGACUGUCUUGGCACCGGCGCACGGCAAAUCUACACCGGCAGCAUGUCGAGGGCUACCAAGCGCAAGCACGUUGUGCAGGAAGUGUUAAACGACUAUAUAUUGCCAUCUGCAGAACAGUUUAUUGUACAAGUUGUGGCUUCGAAGGGGAACAAUCUACACGAAGUCGUCACGGACUCCGGCGAUCAGUUCCUCGUGACAAUGCCAAGCAAAUUUCGCAAGAACGUCUGGAUCAAACGUAGCGACUUCUUGCUGGUUGAGCCGAUUGAGGAAGGUGACAAGGUCAAAGCCGAAAUCAUUAGCAUCCUCUACAAGAACCAAGUGAAGUACAUCAAAGAGGAAGGCAAGUGGCCACCUGGCUUCAGCGAUGUUAAGAAGGAGAAGAAUGACGGGGCCAACAACAACGACGGUGAAGCCAGGAAUACGGAGGACGAGGAAGAUAGCGAUAGUGACCUAUUUGUCAACACAAACAGGCAUGCUGUUGCUUACGAGGAGUCUGAUGAUGACACUGAUGAUGACGAUGAAGAUGUGGAUGAUGAAUUAGUGUAGGCUAACAACAACCCGUGUUAAAGCUUUUUUUCAUGUGUUAAAUAAAUAAAUUUGUCUAGCUUUUCUCAAUAAUUGGCUACCCUUAAAUUAUACGUUGUGCAAAUUUCGCUGACACCGAUACCAAAUUACGCAAAUCAUUCAAUUUGGCAGGUUUCUUGGUUUUCUUGUUAUUUUCUGUUGCUAUCCAAAUCUAUCCACCUCAGUUGUAAUAGCCUCUGUAACAUUCAUUUACUGCACAUCAUGCUUUGCUUGUAAGUUGUUUUUUAUCGGUGUUGGUGUUUCGGUAUUAUUUGCAAUAUUCUUCAUAUAAUGUUACUUUGGUAACAGAUGAACGUGUGUGCUCAUUUGCAGCAGAUAUGAAAUUGAAACAGAUUUUUUUAAAUAAAAUUCAAUUAUUAUUAA